UUCAACAAUCACGGUCUCGUGGCGCCAUAAACAAAGCAGCGUAUCUGUCCUUCCUCAGAGCUUUGAACCCACAAAGAGCCUGGCCUGGCCCUUGAACCCGAAACGAUACAAAAAUGUCAACACGGAGACGCGUCGGUGUGCCUAGCGCUGCCACCACUGAGGCGGCGCGCAGACAACUCAUGCAGCGCGUCCAAGUGACCUGGGAGAAGAAACUUAUGCCUGUUGAGGGCUCCUCUCUCAAGGCUUACAAGUGGAUUCAAAUCAAUCAGCCGCCGCAAUUCUCCGACGACGAAGACGAUGUCGACGAGCCCCUCGCGCCCCUCCCCGACGAGCCCGACGAGGAUGAGCCCGAGAUUGUCACCACUGCACCCUCCGCGUCUGAGUCGCGCGCCGAGACCGCGCCGCCGCAGCCUGCACCCGCAGCCUCGACCAACACCGGUAGCGAUGCACAACCCACGCCCUCUGCGGACGCCCCGACUGCAGCUGAGGCAGCGGAGACGAGCGCGAUGCCCCCGCCGCCGGUACCGGAGGAGGCGAAGACGACUACAGAGGGUAGUGUAGGUAACGAGGCUGUCGGCGGUGUACAAACUCAACCAGGCGAGCUCGACCUGAGCGGUUUGGGCCCGGACGGCCUUCAGCUCGAGGGCACGCACGACCUGAGCCAGAUGACCCCCGCGGACGGACUGAUGGCAGGAGACGACGGCGAAGGGGGCGACUUUGCAAUGGGAGACGCAGGCUUCGCGGCUCAUGGAGCGCCGGAAGGGUUCAACACCGAAGGGUUCGACGCGACAGCAGGGGGCGAGUUCGGAGCUCAUACUGGCGACUUCGGCGCGCAGGGCGGUGACUUCGGCGCUGGUGGUGGUGAGGACUUCAGCGGGGGCGCGGGCGGGAUGCUGGGCGGUGACGACAGUAUGAUGGGUGGUGGAGGAUUGGGUGCCGGAGAUGAGAGCAUGCUAGGCGCGGGCGAUUUCUCAGCGAUGGGAGAUGCGACCAUGGAGGGACUGGGGGAUACGGGCAUGGAGGAGUUUAUUGGGGCUGGACCCGAGGAGGAGCAAAUGCACCUGGGGGAUUUCCAACUACCCGAGUCACAUGGGGAGGGUCAGCCUCAGUGAAAUAGUGAAGUUGGGUCAGCAACCGUUGUAGCUUUUGUGCAUUUCUCCGUACUUGCCAAAAGAGUUUAGUCUUCGUCAAA